GCGGAAGUGAUGAGAGCGGAGCAACAAAACUUUUUUAGGCACCGGACAGAGCAGUGUGCUCCUGAGUGAGGAGAAAGAAACCCGUUUAUGUCGAGUUCACUUUGAAAACGCCUUUAUUUUUGUGUGCAGCGACAAUGGGACUCCCUACGCUGGAGUUUAGCGACUCGUUUUUGGACAGCCCAGACUUCAGAGAAAGACUGAAGUGCCACGAAAUAGAGUUAGAGCGCACCAAUAAAUUCAUCAAAGAUCUUAUCAAGGAUGGCAACAUGCUCAUCACCGCGCUGAAAAGUCUUUCAGCCGCUGUCCAGAAGUUCUCCCAGUCCCUGCUGGAGUUUCAGUUUGAGUGCAUAGGUGACGCCGAGACUGACGAUGAGGUGAACAUUGCUCAGUCUUUCAAAGAGUUUGCCCAGCUUCUUAACACUGUGGAAGAAGAACGUCGUCGUCUGAUCCAGAAUGCAGAUGAUGUUUUGAUUACUCCCUUGGAAAAAUUUAGAAAGGAGCAAAUUGGUGUGGCGAAGGAAGGGAAGAAGAAAUUCGACAAGGAAACUGAAAAAUACUAUUCAGUUCUUGAGCGGCACCUCAACUUGUCAUCUCGGAAGAAGGAAACUUAUCUGCAGGAGGCUGACACGCAGAUUGAUAAGGAGAGACAACUCUUUUAUGAUGCCUCCCUUGAGUAUGUUUUCAAAAUCCAAGAAGUGCAAGAGAAGAAAAAGUUCGAGUUUGUGGAGCCCCUGCUGGCAUUCCUCCAGGGCUUGUUUACCUUCUACCAUGAAGGAUAUGAGCUGGCUCACGAGUUUGAGCCCUACAAACAGCAGCUCCAGUUCAACCUACAAAACACACGCAACAAUUUUGUGAGCACAAAGCAGGAAGUGGAGAAGCUGAUGAAGAGGAUAAGGUCAGCUGAUCAGGACUACAAACCCCCAGGCCAAUGGACGAUGGAGGGCUUCCUGUAUGUCCAGGAGAAGCGUCCACUGGGAUGCACUUGGACACGUCACUACUGCACGUAUGAUAAAGGCAACAACACAUUCGCUAUGAUCAAUACUGAAAACAAGUCCAGUGGAAAGCAGAAUGGAUUAAUUCCAAAUCAGCCAGAAGUGUUCAAGCUGAAAUCCUGUAUUCGGAGGAAAACAGACUCCAUCGACAAACGCUUUUGCUUUGAUGUGGAAGUAGUGGAGAGAAAUGACACGUGUCGUGGAACUCUUUUCAGACCCCUUCAGUUUUUCUGUAAAGUCCGGCAUGGCAUCAUGACACUGCAGGCUCUGUCCGAGUCCAACAGAAGACUGUGGCUGGAGGCCAUGGAUGGCAAGGAGCCGAUUUACAACCUUCCAGCAAUUUUGAGUAAAAAGGAAGAGAUGUUUCUAAAUGAGGCUGGCUUUAACUUUGUGAGGAAAUGCAUUGACCUGGUGGAGUCCAGAGGCCUCAAUGCCAUGGGGCUGUACAGGAUAGGAGGGGUCAACUCAAAAGUACAGAAGCUGAUGUCCACAGUGUUUUCACCAAAAGCUCCGGUGGAUAUCGAGCUGGAUCCUGAGACAUGGGAUAACAAAACCAUCACCAGUGGUCUGAAGAAUUACCUCAGGUGUCUCUCUGAGCCACUAAUGACGUUCAAACUGCACAAAGAUUUCAUCAUGGCUGCCAAGUCCGAUGACCAGAAUUACCGUGUGUGUGCGGUCCAUGCCCUGGUGCAUAAGCUGCCCGAGAGGAACCGGGAAAUGCUGGAGCUGCUAAUAAAACAUCUUGUCACAGUUUCCACCCAGAGCCAGUUCAACCUGAUGACUGUGUCCAACCUGGGAGUCGUCUUCGGGCCCACAUUGAUGAGGUCACAGGAGGAGACAGUGGCGGCCAUGAUGAACAUUAAAUUUCAGAACAUCGUGGUCGAGAUCCUUAUAGAAAACUGCAGUAAGAUAUUUGAUCAGCCUCCGGACCCUAAUGUGCCCCCCCCUCAGCCCCAGAGUCGCCCAGGGUCACGGCGCAGCAGAGCCAUGUGCAUGUCCACCAGCACUAGGAAGCCCCGUAGCAUCUAUGCCCCAACGCUCUGCCUGGCAGAUGCGGAAACAGGUUUUAAUGAGAGCUUCUUGUGCCUGUCUUCUGGUCCCUGCUUAGGUGACACGCUGAGCAGUAGUUGCAGCAGCACACCCAUGGGCAGCCUGGAGUCACUGUCAUCACACUCCUCAGAACAAAACAGCUCCUCCCAAACCACCUGUGCCAGUCAGGGUCGGGACACGUCUUUACUGGACCUGCUCCAACUGCCUUCACUUCUGUCCAAUGGCGCCAGCGGCACGGGCGCUGUCAGCAGUGCGGAGUCGAGCUCACGAGAGGACGCAGGACACAUGGACGCGGGGUCUGAGGAUGCCCUCAGCCUGUCCUCAGUCAGCACCUCAUCACAAAUGUCCUCUGCCCCCAAAAAGGCCCCGCACACCCAAAACAGCCUUAAUAUGGCGCUACUAAAGCACUUUGCAGAUGAAGGCAAUAAGCGCUGCUCUGCGUCUGUCCCAAGUCUAUCGACACUGGAUUUCAAAGAAAGUUCAAAAUCAGCUGAGAAUCCCAAACUUCCUCCAAAAGAUGUGAUCCGCCGCAGGAUGGACUCCUCCGUCAGCAAUGGCUACCAAAGACCAGGAUCAAUUGUUGCCGCUCGUGCACUUCUUUUUGAAGGUGCCUCUUCCUCUCAACCUGUCCCAGCUGGAAGAGAGGCCAAGGCAGUGUACUCAUGUGAAGCUGAACAUAGUCAUGAACUGAGCUUCCCACAGGGGGCGCACUUCUCAAACGUUUAUCCCUCUGUUGAACCUGGCUGGCUCCAAGCAACAUUUGAGGGUAAAACAGGCUUAAUCCCAGAGAAUUAUGUCGUCUUCCUCUAAAACCCUGGUAAACAUUACAUUAUUUCAUGGUAUCCAUGGAAAGAGACCAACAAGGUAUUAUUUGUACUUUGUUGUUUUGAUGUUAUUCUUUUCUUUUGUAUUGCAGUUAUUAUAUUUUAUAUAAUGUUUUUUGAUGUGUCACACUUUUUUUAUCUAAUGGUUACGUAGGUGUCUUUUAGUUUCAACAAUGCAGUCCCAUGAACUCAUGCUGUCAUGUAACUUAACCAAAAAAAAACCAAAAUCUAUUAGCCACAGUAAAAAGCUGGUGAUACUUGUUUGCACAUUCAUCUUACUCUAAUUAUCUGUAAUUACUGAACCUGUUCACUGCUGUACUGCACUUUGAGGUUGCACAAGAUACUGUACAAUGCACUGUACUUCUGUAUUUCUAAUCAACAAAAUGUACUGUAAAUUACAUUUUAAUGUAAAUUAUGUUUGUAUAAAUGGCUUUACUUACAUUGUACACUGGUGUACUAGCAAAAAACAAUGGACUGCAAUAUUAUGUUAAGGACAACUUUUAUAUUUACUUUGUUACUAUCACAGAGUUAAAAAAUACAACAUUUGUGAUUUAAUUUGUAAAAGAUACAUUUUCAAAAAAAUAAAAUAAAAUAAAAAUAUAAUAAUAAGCUUUUUGGUAAGGCUAAAUAGACUUCAAAAUAAGACUGAAGCAGAAAUGCUUUUGCGAAGCUAUUCACAAUGUGGCUUAUGCCAAGAUCAGACUGUUCUUUUCCAUUUACAUCUGUUUGAAUGUGAAGUGGCCUUGACUAGACAUCCGAGAACACUCCCUGACUGACUAAAACUGUAGGAGUUUAUUGUCCAAAUAUUCUCCAUAAAAUGUCAAUAUGUUACAUUUCACAUUGUGAUUUGUUAUAUUUCUUAAUAUUUACUGUGCUGUACAGUGAAUUGAGCUUUCCAAAUAAAAUCAAGUAAAUACAA